AUGUCUUCUCACUAGACUUCCAGAAUCAAGUGAUUCUUGGCCAAGAAGCAAAAGCAGAACUGUCCCAUCACCCAAUGGAUUAGAAUGAAAACUGAUAAUAAAAUCAGGUACAAUUCCAAGAGAAGACAUUGGAGAAGAACCAAGCUGGGUCUGUAA